AUGGAGACACUGCUGAGUAAAAUCCGUCAGUCAUCUGAGAUUGAGGGAAUCACCAUUGGGUCUCAAGAUCAUAUUACAGCGGCUUUUGCUGACGAUCUGUUGGUGAUGACUUCAAAUCCUAGGGUAUCCUUCCCCAAACUGCUUACCAUUUUUGAAGAUUUUGGUUUCGUCUCCAAUUUUAAAGUCAAUUAUUCCAAAUCUAUGGCUCUUAAUGUAUCCUGCCCUAGAAACAUAGUGCAGCUUUUAAAAGAAUCUACUCCUUUUAAGUGGGCCUCUAAAGAAAUACCUUUUUUAGGUAUCAAGCUGACUGUCACUGACGUCAAUGAUGAAUCCCCGCAGUGGACAAUGCAGCCAUAUCCUUUCUUGGCCACCGUGUCACCUCUGGCCACAGCUGGAACAUACGUGUACAAAUUACACGCCAUUGAUAAAGAUGAAGGUAUCAAUGGAGAAGUAGAAUAUUUCCUUUUGGAAGGUGGUGACACAAGGUUUGAAGUGGACAGAAGCACUGGUUGGAUACAGACCACUGGACAGGUCCUGGAGGAAGGUGUAGAGUACCUACUCACUGCUCAAGCAGCUGAUAUAUUUGGAAAGAAAAGCCCCCCUGUUUUAGUAUCAGUCAUUGCUGGUGAAAGACCCCCGCAGUUUACAAAUAUCUCUUAUAUAGUCUAUGUACCAGAGAACACUCCUGCAGGACAUGUACUGUUGGCAGUGACAGCGAGGUCUCAUCAGAAUCGCCCUUUAAGCUACAGCCUGGUCAGCAACCCAUACAAUUUAUUCAGUAUUAACCAGCAAAGUGGAGACAUCAGGUUGACCAGAAGUGUGGACUUUGAAACCGAACCCAGCCAGUUCCUCUUACUGGUGAGAGCAAGUGAAGACUGGCGGCCGCUGAGCAGCUCAGUGGAGGUGGUGGUGGUGAUUAUAGACAUAAAUGAUUGCACCCCAGAAUUUCAGCAGACAAUCUAUAGCAGAGACGGCGUCCCUGAGACUGUGCCCGUGGCAACCUCUCUCCUGCAAGUGACAGCCACUGACUGUGACUCCGGCGUCAACGGGGAGUUUUCAUACUUCACUCUCAGCCCUGAUUUCAACAUAUCCGCACAGGGCACCAUUAGCCCAGCAAGGCGCUUGGAUUACGAGAGACCCAGUCAUCUGUACGAGUUUGUCAUCCUGGCAAUAGACCGCGGGGAAUCGCCAAACACUGCGACGGCCACAGUCAGAAUCCGGGUGACUAAUGUGAACGAUGAAGCCCCAGAAUUUUCACAAACCAUAUAUCGAACAUUUGUAUCUGAGGAUGCAGCCCCCAACACCUUAGUAGCCACCGUGCAAGCGUUCGAUCCCGACGGAGACCGCGUCACGUAUGAAAUAUCAGGAGGAAACGGAGAGGGAAACUUUCUUAUUGAUCCUCAGAAAGGUCUUAUCCGUCUCGGCUCAUCCCCCCUUCCACGGCUUCAUGGGACGGAGUAUGUUCUCUAUGUGACAGCCACAGAUGAUAACUUAUCGGGGGGUCCUCGCAGCCUGACCAGCACCACCACCGUCAUGGUCCGGGUGGAUGAUAUUAAUAAUAACAAGCCCAUUUUUUAUCAGUGUUCAGAUUAUAGCAAGAACGCCUCUGUCCUGGAAAACCAGCCCCCAGGAACGUUUGUGCUUCAAGUAGAAGCCAAAGAUGCCGACUCCGGCGUGAACGGCCAAGUGAAAUAUGGGAUUAUGCACAGAGAAGGCUCCCUACCUGCAUUCACAAUCCAUCCAGAAACAGGAGUCAUAACUACCUUGCAGAGUUUUGACCGUGAGCGAGAGAAGGAGUAUCCUCUGACUAUAAAAGCCACGGACCAGUCCACCGACCCUCUCAUUGGACUCUGUCAGAUUAAUAUAGCCAUCCUGGACCAGAACGACAAUGACCCGAGCUUUGAAAACAACCGUUACGAAUAUUUCCUAAAGGAGGACACACCUGUGGGCACCAGUUUCCUGCGCAUUGCGGCACACGAUGAAGAUUACGGCACCAACGCAGCACUUUCUUACUCUGUCACAGGGGACGAAUUGCCUGUGUUUCAGAUCAACGGUACAACAGGAUGGCUGUAUGUCAACCAGCCUUUGUUAAGGAAGUCCUUAAUCACGCAAGAAGUAAUUGUGACAGACGGUGGAAACAGGAGCACGAGGGUUGAGGUCGUCAUUCGAGUAACCAAUGCCCAAAAUCAGCCACCAAUAUGGGAAAAGGAGAGAUAUGAAAUUGUCAUCCCUGAGAAUACGCUAAGGGAUACACCUAUUGUGACUGUCAAAGCUAGAUCCCUUCUUGGAGACCCCCGAGUGACAUACAAUUUGGAGGAAGGACUGGUUCCCGAGAGCAACAUGCCGGUACGCUUUUACCUGACCAUGAAUCGCGAGGACGGUUCUGCUUCCGUGCUGGUGGCGGAGAACUUGGAUUAUGAAACAACCAAGAACUUUGUCCUGAAAAUCCGGGCUCAGAAUGUGGCUGCAGUGCCGCUAGCUGCGUUCACUACAGUAUAUAUCAAUAUCACAGACGUGAAUGACAAUGUCCCGUUCUUCAGCUCAUCUAUAUAUGAGGCGUCAGUGACCGAAGGGCUCGAUCUAGGAACCUUGGUCCUUCAGGUUUCUGCGUCAGACCAAGACUUGGGUCUAAAUGGCAAGAUCACCUAUUCGAUCUUAGAAGACCGCAGUGGGGACCAUGCCCUUUUCCAUAUAGACCCCCAGACAGGCAGCAUCUAUACUGCCGCUGUGUUUGACAGAGAGGAGAAGACGUCAUACCUGCUGGAGGUGAAAUCAGCUGAUGGAUCGGAGUCCGCUAGACCCGGGAAACAUGGGCAGCCCAAUUCUGACACUGCCUACGUGCGCAUUUUUAUCCUGGAUGUCAAUGAUAACCAGCCGUCGUUCACUCAGCGCGCCUACUUUGUAAGCGUGGAUGAAGAUCAGGACGUCGGAUACGUGGCGGUCACCGUCAGCGCCAGUGACCCAGAUGAAGGUAUGAAUGCCAACAUCCGAUAUCAGAUCACAGCUGGGAACAUUGGCGGAGUGCUAGAUCUGAACCCAGAGACUGGAGCUAUUUUAAUUGUCCACCCUUUGGAUUACGAAGAAGUAAAGGUCUACGUGCUCACCCUGCUGGCAUCAGAUGGUAAAUGGGAAGACUUUGCCACAGUGACCAUCAAUGUGUUGAACAAAAAUGACGAGCCACCAGUCUUCUCGUUGAAUGAGUACCGAGGAAGCGUGACUGAGGAGUUAGCUGAAUUACCAGUGUUUGUUCUGCAGGUCUCAGCCACUGAUCCAGAUCAUGAUCAACCAGGAGGAUUGAAGUAUUCUCUACAUGGAAGCGGUGCUGAGGACAUAUUCACCAUUGAUGAAAAGACGGGAAGUAUCUUUGCCAUGAAGCCACUGGAUCGUGAGGAACAUGCCAUCUGGAGAUUUGUGGUGCUGGCCACAGAUGAUGAAGGUGACGGACUCACCGGAUUCACGGAUGUCGUAAUUUACGUGCAGGACAUAAAUGACAACACUCCUCAGUUCAUCUGUUCUUUUAACAUGUGCAAUGCAAGUGUAGUAGAACAUGCACCACCAAAUACUCCCAUUAUGGAGAUGUCCGCCGUAGACUUGGAUGAUAAAAACGAUGGUCUGAAUGCUAUUUUGACCUAUUCAAUACUGUCCAAUCCAUAUGAUGAGUUGGGUGUUGAAAUGUUCAAUAUAAACCAUAAUACUGGAACAAUUUACACUGCCAAGGGUAAUCUUGAUAGGGAAAAGAACGAUUCUUUCUUAGUUCUGGUGGAAGUUAAAGAUGGAGGUGGCUUGUCGUCCACUGCUACAGCCACCAUUACAAUUUUAGACACCAAUGACCAUGCACCAAAAUUUACUCAAGAAACCUGGAUUGCUGCCAUCUUGGAGACCACUGAAGUCAAUUCAACUGUUCUCCAAGUCUUUGCAGUCGAUGAAGAUAUUGGUGACAACUCUUUGCUAACCUUUAGUAUCCUAGAAGGGGAUCCAGAUCAGAAAUUUUUCAUUGAAAACCGAAAAAAAAGCCACCAGGCAGAUAUCAAACUUAAGAAGAAGUUGGAUUAUGAAAGUCCUCAAGAACGUUGGUUUAACCUGCGCAUAAAAGUAGAAGAUAAGGACUUCUCCAGCAUCUCCCAAUGUGUGAUAGAGCUACACGACGCCAAUGACAACCCUCCAGUCUUCAGUCCAUCACUGAUGAAGGUGGAUCCUUUUUAUGAAAACAUAACCAUUGGCACCAUCAUCGCCAACGUCAAUGCAACCGAUAGCGAUUCUGGAAAAAAUGGGCAAAUUAUUUACAGUAUUUUACCAGACUCCGAUAGUUUGGAGGAAUUUUUUGUUGACCAAGCCGGCUCUAUAAUGGUAUCUAAAUCACUGGAUAGAGAAGUCCAGUCUGCAUACAGCCUGGUCAUUCUGGCCACUGAUGAAGGUUCUCCAGCACAAACUGGCACGAUGACUGUUCUCCUCAACCUGUUGGAUGUUAAUGAUAAUGGCCCCAUAUUUGAUGGUAUAUACCUGCCAGUGGUCUGGGAAAAUACCGCCUUCCCUCAGAUCGUACGAUUGAAUGACAGCUCUUAUUUAUUGCAUGCUGUUGACCUGGACUCUCCAGAGAAUGGUCCCCCCUUUAGUUUUUCUCUACCAUUGAACCAACAAAAUUCUACUGACUUCCAGUUGGUUGAUCAUGGUGAUAACACGGCAUCAAUCCAGACUCUGAGAGUAUUUGAUAGAGAGCAGGAAAAAGAGUUUCACCUCUGUGUAGUCAUUACAGAUAGUGGACGGCCACCAAUGAGUGCCACGAAUACACUGACCAUAACCAUCGGUGACGAGAAUGACCAUGGUCACAAAGCUGGACACAAAGAAGUCUACAUUUAUGUCCAUGGCGAGUCUCGGUCACCAGUUGAUGUUGGGAAGGUCUUCGCUCCGGAUGAAGAUGACUGGGAUAAUAAAACAUUCACCGCCAUCUCAGAGAUGCCAGCGCACUUUCACUUGGACAAUAACACAGGAAAUCUACAACUUGCGGAAAAGUGUGUCCAAGGAACUUACAAUCUAAAGGUGAAAGUCUCUGACGGCGUCUGGCCCGAUGUUGUGUCCACCAUGAGGCUUCAUGUGAAGGAGAUACCAAGUGACGCCAUCUACAACUCUGUGUCCGUGAUAUUAGCCAAUGUGACUGCAGAAGAGUUUAUAGUAAAGGACAAUCUAGGAGUCAGCAAAGAAGACCGGCUGCGGAGGGUCCUGGCGGAAGUAAUCCCGGCCCGUCCGGACAACAUCCAGAUUUUCAGCCUGAGGGGUGAAGGGCGAUUGGCAGAAGUGAGGCUGACCGUCCUGGGCUCCUCUCAUUACAAAGCUGAGAAGUUGCAGAGUUUGAUUGUCGCCCAUAGAGAUGAGGAAGUAACAUUCACCCUGGACCGCUGCGAUGCUGCCAUUAUCGUUGAGAAGGAGGGAAUCGGCAAGAGGCUAUUAUCAGAGGAUCGGACGGGAUGUGAAGUUGGAGGAGUGAUGACCAAGGAGUGGAGGGUGUGGAAUCCCCAUCAUGUUCUCUGGUUGGGGGGGAUUAGAGCAUCGUCUCCUCUGGACUCCACGCAGACACAUUUCAAGGGAUGUCUCCGCAAUCUCACAGUUAACAAGGAGAUGUAUGAUCUCGGGGCCCCUAUAGAGUCUGUCGGCAGCUCCGCCGGCUGCGCGGCUUGUGAUGCCAUGAGCUCUGCCUCCUGUGAGACUAGAUCUCCGUGCACUGCAGAGUUUGGUGCCUCCAGCUCCAGUCAACAGGAAUGUGAAAAAGACGCUGCAGAAUACUUCUUCCAGUCCGGAAGCUUCAUCCAGUAUAAAUUCUCCCAUGCGCUUCAUUCACAAAGGACGCAUUUCCAGACCAUGGUGAGAACGCGUCAGCCCAACAGCAUUAUCCUGAGCGUGUCCUCACAAGACCAAACCGAAUACAUCAUCCUGCAGGUAACACAUGGGAUGCUUGCGGUGUCCUAUAAUAUCGGUGAUGGAGAUUUUGUAGUUCGACUUCCCAAUCACAGGGUCGAUUCUGGGGAAUGGCAGGAGAUCGCUCUGGAGAGGAUGCAGAAUGAAUUCUCUUUACGUGUGAACGGAGGGGGGGAGCGCAGAGAGAUCACAGCGGCACAUGGGACGUACAAAGAGAUUAAGGUGGAUCCCAGCAGCAUCGUUCUUGGAAGUGGCAACCUCCAAGCCCUCAGCUUUCAAGGCUGCAUAAAGGAGGCAAAGCUGAAUAACUACAAGCUGCCAAUGGAAAACCAGUCCAGCACGUCGGUAUCCAUUAUUAGGAAGCACGCGCUGAUUGCAGGCGCCGUCCUCUUCUCUCACUGCAACAAGAAGAGGAGAUUAAAUGAAGGUGUCUAUCAUGUGUCUGCAUACAAGGACGAGCCCGAAGACACCCGCCAAAAUAUCUUCCAUUACAAUGAAGAAGGAGGAGGGGAGGAGGACCAGGAUGCAUUCAGCAUGACGGAUCUCCAGCUGUCCCUUCGGAGCAGCCCGGCGCAGUCUCUCUGCAGGAGGAUGAGGGAGCAGCAUAUAAAUGGCCCCUUAAGCUGCGACUACGACAUGUCUGACAGCCAGAAGGACGCUGCUUACAUGCGCGCGUCAUGCGACAGCUUAAAGGUAUACGACACCGAGGGGACAGGGUCUCUUGCCGGAAGCCUCAGCACGCUGGCCUCGUCUGGACUCGACUCUGACUUGGAGUAUGAAGAACUGAGAACAUGGGGGCCAAAAUUCAGCUAUCUGUGUAAACUGUACUCGUACACGGAGGACGAUGAUCCAUAG